CUGAAGUAUAAGCCUGUAGGCUAAAGACUGAAUUUUAUUAUUCAGUCCCCGCGUAUCUGCUGUCUGGGGCGGACGUGUUUAUAGUUAAAUAGUGUUCAUAAUCCUUUCCACAUAUCGGAAGCCAUGUUGAAAACAAUCGUGUACACGCUUUGCACCGCUGUGUUUGUGGGAGCUGUAUUUGCCCAAACAGAAACCGAAGGUCCCACGACAUUAACAACCAAAACAUCAACUACCGCGGUUGUCCCCACCACAGUCACCUGGGAGACAGAGACCCUGAACGAGGGACAGGCUAUCCAGAAGGCUCUGCAGUACCUACAGCAGCAUCGCCAACCUGACUGGGGUUGGGGAAAUGACACCCACCAUGUUAUGUUAACUUUACAGUUGGCAAACAAUACUGGAAAAGAGAUUGAGCAGCAAGGACUUGAGAUGCAACUGUCUGCAAAACAGAUGGAAAUAGAAAUACUUCUCAUGAUGUCAAAGCAUCACGAGUCACCACCGCCUCUCGCCCGCUUGGCUGCCUACACCCUGGCGCUAGGUGCCUUGUGCAAGGAUCCACGGUCUUUCCACUCCCGCGACCUGGUAGCUGCUCUGCUACACCGAGAGCCUCCUCAUGACCUGGAAUUUGCGUACGCGACCCUGGCUGCUUGCUCCUCAGCAGCCCACGUUCGUCGUCGCCACAUCAGACGACUGUUGGACAUCGCUAACGCAGCGGCUGACCAUAGCUUGGACACAAUAUCGAUGGUAAUUCUGGCUCUCCGAUGCGUGGUGCAGGACCACAGACACCGCAGCCUGAUCCACUUCGUACGGCGUCCAAUGGCUGGACUCGCGCGGCAACAGCACCCUGACGGCAGCUUCGGUUCCCUCACCACAACAGCACUUGCCAUACAGGCUCUUGAAGAUUCUGACAGUGGUCCAGGAGCUCACCAGCACUGGAGUCUCCCAGCAGCCAGGAAGUGGCUCCUGGAGCGACAGGAAGCGGACGGUGGCUGGGGAGAUGUGGAGAAGACGGCAGCAGCAGUUGCGGCUCUAACACCAGCCUCGCUGGCUGCUGUACGACCCCCCCACUGCAGCGAUAAACUGCUUGAUAACCGCCAUGAACCUUUCGAGAAUGGUGGCGAUGGUAACCUGAAGGUGUCGUACCAGGCGGGCCACGCCAGUAACGAUUCUGACGCCCGCAACGUUUCCUUUACUUAUACUCUGUGGCUCGGCACCAAUGUUACAGAGAACUACACCCUGUAUAUGAUCGCUCCCAGGAACGUCUCUUUCUAUCACGUAAUGCAAAUGGCGGCAGAACAAGAGCCCAAGUUCAAGUACGAGGCGAGCGAAUGGCCCAACGGCCACUACGUACACACCCUGGCCGGCCACAAGGAGGAACCCAUGGGCUACCACUACUGGCUGCUGUACCGUCUGCCCGAGAUCCCUGACCCAGCCAGCCCUCCUGGGAACCAACUCGUGGCUCCUGUCGGCGUCGACGAUCUACUUGUAGAGGACGGGGAACAUUACUUGUUCUGGUACAAGAAGCUCUAAGAAGUUAUUUAUCACACAUCUCUUUGUCAAAUCUCUAACAAAGUUGUAGACAUAGAAAAAAACAAUAGAAUGAAUGAAUAUUACCAUGUAUCUUAUCAUGUUAGUUACACAAGAAAUAAGUCUAAGUGUAAAGCCAUGAAGCAUGAAACAACGUCUUGAAGUCAUUACUUCUGGGUAUUUUAUGAAAAUUAAUAUCCUUUCCAUCGAUUAACGCCUCAGAUAAAACAUUGGCAAUAGAUCUUAUAAAGUUGUGAUUAUUACCCGACGACGACCUCAACUGAUUGAUUGAAUUGUUUGCAUUAUACUUAAAAGGUCGAUGGUAAUACCUUAAACCUUAUAAGUUUAGUGGUAUAAUGAUAAUUUAAUAAACAGAGAUUUGGUCAAUUCCCUGAGUGAUUUGAUCAAAUCACGGAGUAUGUUUAAAGAACAACACGAUUUUAUCAUUUCUCUAGACAAAUCUAGUGAUUUGAUCAAAUGCCCCUGGCAUUGAUAAUUGGUUCCGUGAAAUGACAAUGAGUGACACUACUAGAAGUACUUUGGAUGUAAAAUCGAGCGAAGCGAGCAUCAGACUUGAGUCAUACCCCGACCCGAACAGGUUAGGUGGAAGGGGAUUUCUUACCAAAUUAUGUCUAAGUCUUACCAAAUAAACCUUUUAAAUACCAAAGAAAAGAGUUUUUGUCAUUUCACGGAACCAACUCUGGCAUUUGGUCAAAUCACUAGAUUUGUUUCGAGAAAUGAUAAAACCGUGUUGUUAUUUUUAACAUCCUCCGAGAUUUGACCAAAUCACUGUUUUUAUCAUAUCACUGCGACAUAAUUAUAAAAGAUCUAUUCAAGUUUCUACGCUUCAUGAGCUAACCUUUCACAAAGAAUAGGUAAAAUUGUGUGUAACUUCAAAUAUAUCAAUGUUUCUGACUUUAUCAUGCAUAGGUACAAUAUAAUAUGUUUGUUUAGUAAUAGUUUUAGAAGUAGCAAGUACCAAAUAAUAAUGAUCUAAUUCUAUGAACAGACUUAAUUAUGAUAGUUGUAUUGAUAUCAAUAAUUGUUAAAGAAACGCAUUUUUUUUAAUGUAAAUUUGGUCUGUUAUUAUCGUUGAUAAAAAUACGAUGGUAACUUCUUUUAAAUCAUCGUCAUUGUUCGAGGUCGUCAAAGUGCUCUAUACAAUUCCCAAAACCUAGAAAAACGUAAGUCAGGAAAUGGUAAACGAGACACACUCUCCACAAAGCACAUUUAAAUUUUAGUUAUUCCUCAAGCUAUCGUAUUUCCGACGGUGUUACUAUCUAAAAUGGAUUUUUUUGUCAAACACCACCGCUCAAGUCUAAGUGUCACAGCUCAAUACUUUAUAUAACUUACAACUUUGCCUAAAUAAGUCAUUAUCAAAUACUCUGAACUUCCUACAAUCAUAUGAUUGCAGAAUCAACUGCCGGCCCUGUACUGUAUUUUCGAACAUGUGCUACAUGUUAAUCUCAUCGCAGAAACUGGCAAUAUAUCUUUAAGGCUCAAAAGGCUAGAACCAAACGCCGUAAAACAAUUUACUAAAACAAACAAUAUGCAAGAAAAGCCAAAUGUCUUAAGGCGCGGUGUGUUACAUUGCCCAAAAGGCUAAUUGUGCUCGUAAUUUGCAUUAAUAUUAUUUAUUUUUCAUUUUUUAGUCAAAUUAGUGUAAUGUCAUCGGUCCUCGAUAAAUCUACAAAGUUUGAACGAAAUCUAGCCGUUUAAAGUGGGUCAAAAAUCGCGCCCAUAGAAGUCGGCUACAAACAUACAUACAAACAUACAGAUGAAGCUAAUAUAAAGCGUAUAAAAAUGGACCUCAACACCUUUUUUUGUAGCACGUACAUACAAUAUAUAUAUCUUUAAAUGAUGACUUUUUAAAGCUUGUAAGAGCCCGCUAUUUGGUAUCAAUUGUAAACCAAAUUAGGUGUGACAAUUCCCCAGUGUUAGUUACUUCGUUCAAUAUAAAAUGUUAUUCGUUAGUGAUAUAUUAAUUCGUAUGACAUUUUUAUUCUUCUACAAUCUCUCUUUGUAUAAUAUUUGCAUUCUUUCUCUUAGGUAUAACUUAAUUAAUUGUUUUAGGAGACUGAUCCACUCAAUUUAAAAUUAGUUGGUUUAUAUUGUAUCUAU